AAGCUGUUCAAAACCACAGAAGAAGAACAGCUAUAAGAUCGCCUGACGUCAUCGACGACCCUCACAUCUUUGUCAGUGAACAAAAUGGCAACCUACUGUCUGACUGUGGCCCGGCUUCAGACGGUCCUGGGCCACGGAGUGCGGCGCUUGCAUGUGUCGGCAGCUUACAGAGCCAAGGCCAAAGUGGCAAUGAGCCGCUUUGAGCCCGCCUCCUUUGUCAACUACGAGAAGCUCCAAGCCAACGUUGAAAUUGUCCGAAAAAGACUCAACCGUCCUCUCACUCUCUCAGAAAAGAUUGUGUAUGGCCAUCUUGAUGAUCCCCACAACCAGGAGAUUGAUCGCGGCCGCACAUACCUGCGGCUGCGCCCCGACCGUGUGGCCAUGCAGGACGCCACGGCUCAGAUGGCCAUGCUGCAGUUCAUCAGCAGCGGCCUGCCCAAGGUGGCGGUUCCUUCCACCAUCCACUGCGAUCACCUCAUAGAGGCUCAAAUUGGCGGGGUCAAGGAUCUGGCCAGGGCCAAGGAUGUGAACAAAGAGGUGUACAACUUCCUGUCAAGUGCUGGAGCAAAGUAUGGAGUGGGCUUUUGGAAACCUGGAUCUGGAAUCAUCCAUCAGAUCAUCCUGGAGAACUACGCCUACCCAGGAGUGAUGCUCAUCGGCACAGAUUCCCACACGCCCAACGGCGGUGGUCUCGGUGCCAUCUGCAUUGGAGUUGGAGGAGCUGAUGCAGUUGAUGUGAUGGCAGGCAUUCCCUGGGAGCUCAAAUGUCCAAAGGUGAUUGGUGUGAAACUGACUGGCUCCCUCUCCGGUUGGACAUCCCCAAAAGACGUCAUCUUGAAGGUGGCCGGCAUUCUCACUGUAAAGGGAGGCACUGGCGCCAUCGUGGAGUACCAUGGACCUGGAGUCGACUCCAUUUCCUGCACUGGAAUGGCCACCAUUUGCAACAUGGGAGCUGAGAUUGGAGCCACAACCUCUGUGUUCCCUUACAAUCACCGCAUGAAGACCUACCUGGAGAAAACUGGCCGUGGGGAAAUCGCUCAGCUAGCUGAUGAAUACAAAGACUUGCUGGUACCAGACGAAGGUUGCAAGUAUGACCAGAUCAUUGAACUCAAUCUGGAUCAGCUGAAACCCCACAUUAACGGACCUUUCACCCCUGACCUGGCUCACCCGGUGUCUGAAGUUGGUGCUGUGGCUAAAAAGAACGGCUGGCCUCUGGAGGUCAAAGUUGGUCUGAUCGGCAGCUGUACCAACUCCAGCUAUGAGGACAUGGGCCGCGCUGCCUCUCUGGCCAAACAGGCUCUGGACAAGGGCCUGAAGUGUAAAUCCCAGUUUACCGUCACCCCUGGCUCAGAGCAGAUCCGCGCCACCAUCGAAAGAGAUGGAUAUUCAAAGAUCUUCGGCGAUGUUGGAGGUGUCGUUCUCGCUAACGCGUGUGGGCCAUGCAUCGGACAGUGGGACAGGCGUGAUGUGAAAAAGGGAGAGAAGAACACCAUCGUCACGUCCUUCAACAGGAACUUCACCGCCAGGAACGAUGCUAACCCAGCUACCCAUGCUUUUGUUACUUCCCCUGAGAUCGUCACUGCCAUCGCCAUCGCUGGCUCAUUAGACUUCAAUCCAGAGACAGAUUACCUCACAGCCCCCAACGGAGAGAAGUUCAAGCUGGAACCCCCAACUGGAGAUGAAUUACCAGCCAAGGACUUUGACCCAGGUCAGGACACCUACCAGCACCCACCUGCUGACGGAGGCCACCUCACUGUGGACGUUAGCCCUCAGAGCACCCGGCUGCAGUUGCUCGAGCCUUUUGACAAGUGGAGCGGAGGAGAUCUGGAAGACUUGGUGGUCCUCAUCAAGGUGAAGGGAAAAUGCACCACAGACCACAUCAGUGCUGCAGGACCGUGGCUGAAGUUCCGUGGUCAUCUUGACAACAUCUCCAACAACAUGCUGAUUGGUGCCGUCAACAGCGAGAACGAUGCUGUCAACAAGGUGAAGAACCACCUGAAAGGAGACUAUGGAGGAGUCCCAGAUGUGGCCCGGCACUACAAGGCCAACGGUGUGUCAUGGGUCGUUGUUGGAGAUGACAACUACGGAGAGGGCUCCAGCAGAGAGCACGCAGCCCUAGAGCCUCGGCAUCUGGGUGGAAGAGCCAUAAUCGUCAAGAGCUUUGCCAGAAUCCAUGAAACCAACCUGAAGAAGCAAGGUCUGCUGCCACUGACAUUCAGUAACCCAUCAGACUAUGACAAGAUCCGCCCUGAUGACAGGAUCUCUAUCAAAGGACUCAAAACUUUUGCACCAGGAAAGCCUCUUACUGCGGUUGUACAGCACAGUGAUGGCAGCAAGGAGACCCUGGAGCUAAACCACAGCUUCAACGAGACCCAGAUCCAGUGGUUCCAGGCGGGCUCUGCCCUCAACAGGAUGAAGGAGCUGCACUGACGGGGCAGAGGAACAACAUAGGAGUUUCAGGGUGUAAGGAGGCAGAAUGUAACCGAUGGUUCCAUCACCAGGAUGAGCAUGACGUGCUAGCGAUGGAACGGCUACAGCUGUGGUGGGAUUUUUACUUUUAAAAUAAACCUCAUUCAUCAACAAGCAGAAUUUCACAACAUUAUUGUAAGCUCUUGUGUUUUAAUCAAGCAGUGAUUACCAGUUAAGAGGACACACACACACACUUUAGCUGAUGAUACUCUGCCGGCUGAUUUGCCUUCAGUGUUUUUGGCAGCUCAUCAAACAUUUCAGUACGUCAAAAGUCGAAGCUAGCUCUUAGCACUUACCUGUGCUUUAGGUGGCCAGGAGGAAGUACUUAUUUGGCAGAGAUUGUCAUUGAUCAAACGGCUAACGUUUAAGAUAAAUUAGAUUACUGUAUAUUUAACCGUGGGAGACUAUUAAAGUGGGUUUUAAUUGCAUGUUUUUGCAGAUACUGUGAAAAAUAUUGCAACUCUCGUCUCUGAUGCUUUCCUCACCACCAGCUUUAAACUGUCUCUUCAUCAAUAUAUUGAAUAUUGUUACUGCAUGAGAAACUUGACUUUGUGUUUGUCUUUUUUUUUUCCUUUCUGCACCAGAUCCAAAUUUAGCAUUUUCUUUGAGUUAAAUGAUUUUAUUUCAUUCACAGAGUUGAUGCAAAACAGUCUUCCUGCCAUUGUAGACUCAUUAACUCUACAGAAACCCACUUGUUUAGUGAAAAGGAAAGAAUCUGCACUCAGUGUUUUAUUGAUGUGGAAAGAAACUGAAAACACCAGUUAAAAUCUCAUAGACUGAGCAUUGAGGCCUUUUUUUUUCUUUUUUAAGAAACCCAUGUCUCGUUCUGGUCCUAAAGUCCCUGCAAAACAUACUGGAGUAACUGUUCUUAAAUUUCUGUUUUGAUUACAGAAAUAAUCUGCCAAUCAGACGAAGAUGUAAAGCAUCUUCUUCCUGUAAACCACUCCAUGUAAAGUGUCCGUGCUCAUUUGUGCAUUUGUUUUCUCCCGAUGAUCUUUUCUGUGUAACAAAAACAGGAAAAUGGAUUGUAAAAUAAAUACAUUCACAGAUCUAA